AUGUCAAAAUCGCUUGUAAAUAGUACACAGUUAACUGAAUUAUUAAACACCAUAAACUCGAAGAUCACUCAUAACAGCUGGGAUACAGUUAUUCGUCAAACCAAUAUAAUAAUCGAUGGAAAUCCUACAACGGUUAUCAGUUAUUUAAACAAUAAUUUAAAAUACGAUGCUACAACUACAGAUAUUCAGUUAAACGAAUCAAAUGUACUAGAAGUAUUACUUUUGGUGUACACAGCUUUCAAAUGUGAGUAUGCAUCUUUCGUUAGAGAUUUACUCAACUUUUUUUUUGAAUACAUCUCAAUAUGUGAGACGUCUGUAAAUACACAUUCAACAAUUAAUGUUGCAGAUGGUUGUUCACAUAACAGGAUAAUUUCUAAAUUUAUUGAUUUUAAACAAAAUAUUGUGAAAAUUAUUUUCAAUCUAUUUAAUUUUAUGGACUUGUCUCAACAUCUCAUAUUAAGUGAUCAAACGUUUUUAAAGUCACUUAUAUCCAUUAAUUUGUUUCUAUAUUACCACCAACAUUUGACCGAUGACGAUGGGGAGUCGAAUAUAUUACAUGCAACAUAUUAUGACGAUGAUCAGUUAGGCCAUAUUAUUGUAUUAAAAAAAGUAGUUGUUCAGAUAAAAGACUUGGUCGACCACUUUCGGUGUAAAAAUUGCUUUGUUGGCUAUGAUUAUUUCAAAGAUUCCAAAAAUAACACUAGUGACUUAUCAACUAAAAUACAGGAACUCUACGAUUCUUACUCAUUAACCUCAAAAAUGGAUCGUUUUGACGACAUAGGCUUACAAAACGACUUAUAUGAUGUUGAGAUGUAUGAUCCAAAGUAUUUGUUAGUCACAGAAUUAUUUGAAAUAGACAAAGAUUAUUUUGAAUAUUAUUUAUUGGCAUUUUACCACGAUACGCAUAAUAGCUAUGACAUCAAUGUUAUAUUUCAAUAUCAAAAUUAUAUAAAUCAAGCAGUUACGCUUUUUAUGACUAGAACAUUUCUAAAAUCAAUAGAUUUAUAUAUUAACAAACUCGGCAUUGAUUGUAAUACACCAGAAACACUUCUGUCAGAUUCUUAUAGGCUACUGGUCGAAAAAAAAGAUUCACUAACAGCGUUAUCAGACUCGGAGAAAGGUGAUUUAUCUGAAAAAAAAGAUUUACUACCUGCGGUAAGAGAAACUUUUUUUUCAACGUUAUCUUAUUUGGACCAACGUGAUUUAUCUGUAAAAAUAUUGAAACUAUUAAAUAGUAAAAUGCCAGAUUAUGCACCAGAUAGUAAAGAAGAGGAAAAUAUUUUUUUGAUGACAGGUUUCGUCAUAAACAUUGUAAACUCCGUUAAUUUUAAAUCAUUCCUCCAGACUAUCGAAAUAUUCAAACAAGAGUUGAAUUCAAACGAUGAUUAUAACUUACUGACGAUGGAUGCACAUGGAAAAAUAGAAAAACGGGUAGACGGUGUUCAGGGUAUAGACACUGAAUCGUGUAAGGCCACGGCUGUUCUGCGUGAAAUCCUGGUUUCGAUCAGUUUGCUGGUAAAUGUCUUGGAAAAACAUGGCGUGUGCAUCAAAGGCGACGAUAGCACAACCAAAGAACAAUGUUUCCAGGAUUACUUGAGGUUGCAUUUGAACAGCGUAUUCCAGUGUAUCAGUAAUUUUAUUGAAAGUACGACCGAUGAGAAGUUACAACAGAGGUUGUGGCCAAUAUUAUUUCAUUUGGAAAACAUGGGGUGGACUUACCUCGGUGUAAAUGACGAUGAAGCGUAUACACAAUACGUUACGAUCCAUCAAUAUGUACUGAUGACUUUGGGCUCGAUAGAACUCUACGAAUUGAGCAAUUGCAAAUCGCCGAAAUACAAUCAAACGCUCUAUGACAAAAUGGUCGGGUAUGCUGAAAAUAAAUCUAACCACAAAGAACAAUUGUUUGUGACGCCGAGUACUGCUGAAGAUAUGAUCGACAGGUUGAGGGCGCAUAUAGCUUUUAACACCUUAAAAUAUGAUCAUGUCAGCUACAGUUCUAUCACUUAUAUCCAUAAUAGUAUGUUUAACGACAUUUUAAGCUACUUCCCUGAGGUAUAUUCGAAAAAUUAUCAGUUUUAUUGGUAUGGACACAAAAAAAAUAUUUAUCAUAUAGUACGAGCUGUCACACAAAACGUGAUCGAUUACCAUGGCGUACUCAGCUAUCGAUUGAUUAUUAUACAAUGGAUUAUUUCUACAGUCUAUAUAAGAAUGAAAUCUAUUUUGAAAAUAUGCCACCCACUGAAAAAAACCGAUAUCCAUAUGAUAAAAAAACAGUUAUUCGUGAUCCGUGAAGAAUUUAAAGCUCCAGAAGCUUUAAAAAAAGAUUUUAAUGAUAAUGUUGAUAGAUAUUUACGUGUUAUAGAAACGGAAAAUUCUUUUGAUCUUAAAGUGAAUAAAUUCAACGACUUUAUCAUGAAAAAGUUCGAGUUAUUUGAUUUUGCUGCUAUAGAGGCUGAAUUAACAGCAGAAAAUGUUUGUUCCGGAUUAAAAGAUUACUUUGAAAUUAUAAAGUCAAAAUUGAUUUCGAUGAGUAAUAAUUAUAUUGAUUAUAAUAGUAAUAAACCAUUAUAA